AUGACUUUCGGUAAAGAAUUUACAAAUGCCGUUGAACAAAAACAGAUUGCUCAACAGGAAGCCGAAAGAGCAAAAUUCAUCGUCGAAAAGGCUGAACAAGAAAAACAAGCUUCAAUUAUUCGUGCAGAAGGUGAAGCUGAAGCUGCAGAAAGAAUUUCCAAAGCUCUUGAUAAAGCUGGUGAAGGUUUGGUAUUAUUGCGUCGUAUUGAAGCUUCUAAAGAAAUUGCAGCAACAUUAUCUGCUUCACGAAAUAUAACAUAUUUACCUGGUAGCCAAGCUGGAGGAUCCAAUUUAUUAUUGAAUUUGGGUGUAUAA